CACUGCUCCUUGACCUAUAAUUCCAUCCUGGGUUCUUCAAACUCUGCUCCUCUUGCCGCUCAAAUUAGCUUUCCAUUCACAGGGUGUGUGUAGACUUACAAUCUCAGUCAACCACUGCUCCAGUUCGUGGGUCUGGAUGCAGAAUGAUAAGCUAUGCUCGCUCUGUAAAGCCAUGGAGACCAAUGAUGGUUGUGUAAUAGUCAUUGAACUUAACAAAGAUGACCCUUUGUUUAAUAAAAAGAAGAGUUUAUUACACAAUAGGGGUUUCAAAACCAAGGAAUAUAUACCCCUUAAUCGAUCUGAAUGCCAUGAAUCAAUUAGUGAUACCCUGGAAAAGAUGCUUCAGAUAGCGAGAAUCAUAAGUUUAAAUGAGGUAGAGUUAUACUUUAGCGAAGUCGAUGUAUCUUCAUCAGUGAAAUUUUACAGUGUCAAGAAUGAGGUGGAGGCUCUCAAUUCAAUUCUUUCACUUGUGAAGAACAUGCUUUCCAAUGAAAAGCACAUGGAAAUGGAUGUCUUGCGAGAUUUGCAAAAUGAAAUUGGUUUUAAGCUCCAAGAAGUUGGGGACAAAUUCAGUCGACAGACCAGUUUUGAUAGAAGCUAUAGUUGUGACAAGGAAAAGUGUCUAGUACAGUGGGGAGAAAACAAUGGCUUGAAAACAAGGUUGGAGAUAGCCUAUGUCAAAGGAGCUGGUAGAGGAGCCAUUGUGACUGAAGAUCUGAAAGUUGGAGAUGUUGCGCUGGAAGUCCCUGUGUCCAUCAUCAUCUCUGAAGAACUUGUGUACAAAUCUGACAUGUAUAAUGUGUUGGAGAAGAUUGAUGGAAUAUCCUCGGAGACUAUGUUGUUGCUGUGGAGCAUGAAGGAGAAGCAUAAUUGUAGCUCAAAAUUCAAGAUGUACUUUGAUACUCUUCCUGAAAAUUUCAAUACAGGGUUAAGCUUUGGAGUUGAUGCGAUCAUGGCUUUGGAUGGAACCCUGUUAUUAGAAGAGAUAAUGCAAGCAAAAGAGCACUUGCGCACACAAUAUGAUGAGCUGGUUCCUCAAUUAUGCAAAAAUCAUCCUGAUAUAUUUCCACCAACACUUUACACAUGGGAGGAGUUCUUAUGGGCCUGUGAACUCUGGUACUCUAACAGCAUGAAAGUUAUGUUUGCUGAGGGAAAGCUAAGGACGUGCUUGAUUCCUAUUGCAGGCUUCCUUAACCAUUCAUUAUGUCCGCACAUACUUAAUUAUGGCAGAGUAGAUUCUGCGACAAAUUCUCUCAAAUUUCCUUUGUCAAGGCCUUGCCGUGCAGGAGAACAAUGCUUUCUUAGCUAUGGGAACUUGUCUAGUUCACAUCUUACUACAUUUUAUGGUUUUUUACCAGAAGGAGACAACCCCUAUGAUGUAAUUCCACUUGAUAUUGACAUUGAUCAGGUUGAUUGUGUUGAGGCCAGUCCCUUGUCCAACUGGAGCAAUCACAUGGUAAGGGGUACUUGGCUUUCAAAAAACCAUGAUAUGUUCUAUUAUGGCUUGCCAUCCCCCUUGUUGGACUACCUAAGGAGAGCUCGAGGCGCCAUGCUGCACACUGAGACGUGUCUCCAAGCAAAGUUGAAAAUCGAAAUUGAAGUUCUUGAAGACCUCCAGUCGACUUUCAGCAGCAUGAUGGAGAAUCUCGGAGACACUGACGCAGAUGUUGUCAACAGAGAAAACCUGAAUUGGGAUGUAAUGCUGGCAUUAGAGUUCAAAGAUCGUCAAAGCAAGAUAAUCUCCUCUAUUUUAAAUUCCUGUGAUGCUGGUCUCAAGUUGCUGGAAAAUGAAUUAUCCAAAUGCACGAUGAGCGAUUAAGGUCAGCUCUUUUCGCCUUUUUCUAUGGCUAUCUAUGAUGCAAUCCAUGGUUCAUCAUGUUUCACACAACCCACUAGAACUAGAAUAUUGAAGAGGGAAGCUGAAGAGCAGAAGCAGCAUGGAAUUGCUUUUAAAUGUGGAGUCAACAAGCACAGAAACAGUUUUUUUUUUUAAAGUUUUGUGGUGGAAGAAAAUGUGUGGAUACUGAGAUUUGUUGUGUACUCUACAUCAACAACUUGCUUUCAGAA